UGCUUUUUCUUGCAGGGGUGCAUAUCCCUGGAGAUCAGCUGGUGACUUUGUCCUUGUCUUCUUAACUUUGGGUAGUUGAAGGUUGUUAAGUAGAAAAUAAUAGAAAAGAAAGGAACCCAAUUUCAAGAGGCUGAGAUAAAUUGCCUCUGAUUCAGGAAACCUGGUUUUCUUAUGUUUUCCAGGCUUUUCUAUUUUGUUUUAAGUUUUUUUUUCAUGUCUCUGUUUCGUUUACUUUGCUUGUUUCACUAAUUCUCAUAUUUUCUCAAUUCAUCUAUCCGUCUUUCUAUGACCAAAAGGAUCAAAAGUUUGCUUGGGAGGUAGAAAAAGGAAGAAUUUGGGUGUUCUCUCUCUCUCUCUCUCUCUCUCUCUCUCUCUCUCUGGUUCUGGUUGAUGUGUCAAGAUAGAGAAUACUCCAGUUGAGGUUGAAUAGGUUCUAGAGCCAUCUGUUUCUAGCAUUUAAUUUUAUUGUUUUUUUUUUUUUUAUUGCUUUGAAUCCCAAACAAUAGAAGUUUCAGUCCAUUUUCCAGCCAUCUCAUAUACUGUCUUGUUCAAUUGGCAUCUCAUUGCUUCAGUUCUUAGCUUGUUCAAUUUGCUUGCAUAGGCUUCAUCAUUCUUUCUUGUGUAAACAAUUCGUUUGAGAAGCAAAUUACAACAUACAAAAAGUAGCAAGCAUAUUAGCAAAUUCUAGUGUUUUUUUUUUUUUGUUCUAAGGUUUCCAUAUUAUAGAUUAUCGCUGUAAGUCAAACGAAUUCAAUGGAGGAGACAUCUCCAGCAGUUGCUGUUCCAUUUAGCGUAGACAAAAUUAUCUGCAAUAAGUCACCAGUAACAGCCCACAUGGAAAUUUCUGGACUAAAGCGUAUGGCAGAUAAAGCAACCUUGAUAUCAAACACCGCAAGGAAGCCAAACAGUACACCUUUUGAGUCUGUUUCUUACAAGCAUGAAGGUCACAAUAGGGAUUCAAUGAAUGUUGAAAAAAGCGUGGGUAAUUUUGAAAUGAUAGCUAAGUCCCAUGUGACAGAACCAAAUGUUGAAUUAGAGCCUGUGGAUGGUAUUGUUUCAGUUGUGACAGGCAUUGAGGGUCCAAAAUUAAAUCCUGUGCCUCCUGUGGUGCUGGAAGAAAAGCCAGGUAGCCUGAGUGCCUUUAAAUUAGAUAGCAGACCCCUUUGGGGAUUUACAUCUAUAUGUGGAGGGAGACCAGAGAUGGAAGAUGCUUUUGCUGUUGUGCCUAGAUUUUUGCAUAUUCCUACUCAAAUGCUAAUGGAAGAUAAUGUUAUGAAUGGCAUGAACCAGAAAAUUGGUUACUACACUGCGCAUUUCUUUGGUGUCUAUGAUGGACACGGGGGCUCUCAGGUUGCUAAUUAUUGCGCCAAGCGAAUUCAUUUGGCUCUGGCCAAGGAGCUAAAAAUUGCAAAAGCAGGCUUGUGUAGUGGAAGCACUAGGAGUAGUUGGCAGGAGCAGUGGAAGAAAGCCUUCUUAAAUUGUUUUCUAAAAGUUGAUGCUGAGACAGGAGGAUCAUGCAAAAGCACCACAGGACGUCAUACUGAUGAUUCUGAGGCUCAAUUUGAACCUAUUGCCCCUGAAACUGUUGGUUCUACUGCAGUAGUUGCCAUUGUUUGUCCAACUCACAUUAUAGUUGCAAAUUGUGGUGAUUCAAGAGCAGUUCUGUGUCGUGGAAAAGUAGCUAUGCCAUUGUCAGUAGAUCACAAACCAGAUAGAGAAGAUGAAUAUGCAAGGAUAGAAGCAGCAGGAGGCAAGAUCAUACAGUGGAAUGGGUCUCGCGUUUUUGGUGUUCUUGCUAUGUCAAGGUCCAUAGGUGAUAGAUAUUUGAAGCCAUGGAUUAUCACUGAUCCCGAAGUGAUGUUUGUUCCUCGAGCAAAAGAAGACGAGUGCCUUAUCCUUGCAAGUGAUGGUUUAUGGGACGUCAUGACAAAUCAAGAGGCUUGUGACAUUGCUAGAAGAAGAAUUCUUCUUUGGCAUAAAAGGAAUGGCGAUACCAUGUCUGCAGAAAGGGGUGAAGGAGUCGAUCCUGCUGCUCAAGCUGCAGCAGAAUGCCUCUCGAAGCUCGCUCUUCAGAAGGGAAGCAAAGACAAUAUCACUGUAAUUGUAGUGGACUUAAAAGCUCAACGGAAAUUAAAGAAGAAAGCUUGAUGGUAACAAAUAUGUAAACCCAUCAAUUGAAAAUUUUCAAAUACUAUAGUAAGUGAUAGGGAAUAUAUCCUUUGGUUAAUAUAGCUACAGAAAAUUUGUUUAGCCCACCGAUUUUUUUUGUUUGGGCUAGACAUAACGUCCGUUAUUAGUUCUCUCUCUCUCUCUUUCACCCUGUCUCUGCUAAUUGGCAGCAGCUCUCAUAACUCGUGUACUACCAACUGCAAUACAUUGGAAGCCUUGCU